AUGACACAGUUUCUUAAGCCUGCUGUAAAUAAAGAGGACAUUCAAAGUACAUCUAGAGGUGUAGAAGAGUCUGAAAACGAUGAACAAAAUAUUUCAAAUAUUUCUGAUUCUAGUAAUGCUGAGCUGAAUUGUAUUACUACAGAUAUACAUAAAGAAAAUUCUGACGAAGAAAUAGACAGUGAUUCUACGACAGGUGGCUUAUUUUCUACAGAUAUUGCAGAUUAUCAGGACAAAAUAUUAACAGAUGCUACCAAGAAAAAUAUAAUAAUGUCCGCCUCUUGUCGACCCCGAGGACCUUUUAAACGAGAUCCCUCACAACAUAACCGGAUGUUUUCUGAAGAGUUUUAUAGAACUUCAACAACAGUUGGGUUUAUUGAAAGGUUGUGGCUGUGUUAUUCUCCGAAGUUGGAUGCUGCAUAUUGCGAGCCAUCAACACGCCUGAAAGCUACAUUAGUUGCUGAAAUUAAAAACGCGCCCUUUUAUUCAAUUAUUAUGGACACCACACAGGAUAUUACAAAAAGAGACCAACUCAGUCAAGUAUUUCGAUACCUGAAGAUAAUUCUAAACGAUAAAAAUGAACCUACAUCAUUUGAAAUAAGAGAAGUCUUUUUAGGGUUUAAUGAAAUAGUAGAUCAUUCAGCGGACGGACUGUAUCAAGAAACCUUAAAAGUGCUUAACAUAAAUGAUAUAAACCUAACCAAAUGUCGAGGACAAGCCUAUGAUGGUGCAAGUGUUAUGAGUGGGGCAUAUAAUGGUGUUCAAGCUCUCUUGAGAAAUGAUGUACCAAGUGCUCUGUAUGUUCAUUGUGCCUCACACAACUUGAAUCUUGUAAUAAAUGAUGCCGUCGAGAGCUGCAAGAAAGUUUCUUCAUUUUUCACAACAUUAGAAAAUAUUUAUUCCUACUUUGGCAACAGCAUAAAAAGGUGGGACCUACUCUCACAGUUUACAGGAGAGUCAAAGAUUACCCUAAAACGACUCAAUCCGACACGUUGGGCUGGAAGAUAUACUUCUCUCAUGGCAGUUAAGCUUCGGUUUUUAGAUAUAAUGAGAGCUUUGAUCGAACUAUCAUUGAAAAGUACUAAGAAAGACGAACGAGAUGAAGCAAUACGGCUGCAGAACCAAAUAAACACUUUUGAAUUUGUUUUUAUUUGCGUGCUUCUGUCCAAGAUAUUAGCUGAAGUGCAUAUCCCAUCAACAUUGUUACAGACACAAAAUUUAGAUAUCAUGACUGCAACUGACUCUCUACAAACUGCAAGGACACAUUUAAAAGAAUACAGAAGCCAGUACAGUUUAGUUAAAGAUGAAACAGUUCAAAUAGCGAACAAAUGGAAGAUCAAUCCAACUUUUCCAUGGAAAAGGCAAAAACUAGUAAAAAAACAUUUUGAUGAACUAUCCUGUGACCACCGUUUUGGAAAUGAAGACGACUUUAGAGUUAAUGUAUUUAAUUGUGUGUUAGACAUUGUCAUAAAUCAAAUCGAAAAGAGAUUUCAGGGAAUGCAUGAGGUUUGUACUUUGUUCGCUUUCUUAGCUCCAUCACAGUUAGUAUCACUUCCAGAACAAGACAUUUUAAAAUCUGCCGAAAAUCUUCAAUUAAAAUACAAAGAAGAUCUUUCAGCGGAAUUUCCUUUACAAAUUGUUUUGACAGCCUCAAUGCUGAAAGAUGAACUUGUGAAAAUAUCAACAAUUAAAGAUUUGGCUGAGCUAUUAUUCAUCAAGUACUCUACAAUUUCUUCAAGCUUUUCAGAAGUCUUAACUGCAUUAUUUUUAUUUCUUACUCUACCUGUCACUGUGGCUACAGCAGAAAGAUCAUUUUCCAAGCUUAAAAUAAUAAAAAACUAUUUACGCAGCUCCACGGGCCAAGAACGUUUGCACAAUCUCUCUUUGCUUGGCAUAGAAGCCAAAAUAGCCAAACAAAUGGACAUAAAAGAUGUUAUUAGAGAUUUCGCUAAUUUGAAAUCCAGGAGAAUGAAUUUUGAAUUUUAG